AUGGCGCAGCAAGGAAUUCAGCUGGACCAAGAAAGGCUUUGCUGUUCGAUCUGUCUGGAUCUACUGAAGGAUCCAGUGACUAUUCCCUGUGGACACAACUACUGUAUGAAAUGUAUUAAAAGCCACUGGGAUCAAGAGGAUCAGAAGGAAAUCUACAGCUGUCCUCAGUGUAGACAAACCUUUAGGCCGAGGCCUGCCUUGGUGAAAAACACCAUGUUAGCAGAUUUAGUGGAGGAACUGAAGAAGACAGGACUCCAAUCUGCUCCAGCUGAUCACUGCUAUGCUGGACCUGAAGAUGUGGCUUGUGAUUUCUGCACUGGGAGAAAACUGAAAGCUCUCAAGUCCUGUCUGCAGUGUGUGGUCUCCUACUGUGAGCAGCACCUCCAGCCUCACUAUGGAUCCCCAGCCUUUGAGAAGCACAAGCUCGUCGACCCCUUCAACAAGCUUCAGGAGAACAUCUGUACUCAUCACAAUGAGGUGAUGAAGAUAUUUUGCCGCACUGAUCAUCAUUGUAUCUGUUAUUUGUGCUCCAUGGAUAAACAUAGAGGCCACGACACAGUUUCAGUUGCAGCAGAAAGGACUGAGAGGCAGAAAGAGCUUGGGACGAGUCAACAAAAAAUCCAGCAGAGAAUCCAGAACAGAGAGAAAGAUGAGAAGAUGCUUCAGCAGGAAGUGGAGGCUAUCAAUCACUCUGCUAACAAAGCUGUAAACGAAAGUGAGAAGAUCUUCACAGAUCUGAUCCGUGUCAUUGAGAAAAGAAGCUCUGAUGUGAAGCAGCAGAUCAUAUCUCAGCAGAAAACUGAAGUGAGUAGGGUAAAGGAGCUUCAGAAGGAGCUAGAGGAGGAGAUCUUUGAACUAAGAAGGAAAGACGCUGAGCUGGAGCAGCUCUCACACACAGAGGACCACACCCAAUUUAUCCUCAAGUACCCCCUUCUGUCACGGCUUAGUGAAUCUACAGACAUACCCAGAAUAAAUAUCGCAGAGCUAAAGACCAGAGGUGAAUUCUUAAAAUAUUCACAAAGACUUACACUGGAUCCAAAUACCGCUAACACACGGCUGUUAAUAUCUGAGGGGAACACGAAAGCAACAAACAUGAGUAAAAAACAGUUGUAUUCUAGUCACCCAGAUCGAUUUCUUAACAGGUCUCAGGUCCUGAGUCAAGAGAGUCUGACUGGACGUCAUUACUGGGAGGUGGAGUGGAGUGGGUUAGGAGUUCAUGUAGCUGUUGCAUACAAGGAUGUUAGCAGAAGAGGAGCAGAAAGUGAAUUUGGAUGUAAUGACCAGUCUUGGACUCUAGAUUGUUCAGAUGAGGGUUAUGAAUUCAGUCAUAACGGAGUGGCUACUUCCAUCUCAGGUCCUGAGUCCUCCAGAGUUGGAGUGUACCUUGAUCACAGGGCAGGUAUUCUGUGUUUCUACAGCAUCUCUGAAAACAUGACUUUCCUCCACAGAGUCCAGACCACAUUCACUCAGCCUCUCUAUGCUGGACUCAGAGCUUAUAGUCUUUUUAAUUUUAGAUCAUCUGCUGAGUUUUGUGAGCCAAAAGACAAAAGCUAG